AUCACCUUCAAUGUGCACAUUCUAUCCUUAAAAAACUAGCGGCGGAGGAGAUGGCCGCCGUUUUACGGUCUCCUAACCAACUGUGCUAUUAUGUGGGUUUUUUGUCACAAUAUUUGUAAAUUAUUUUGUACAUGAUGUUUCUGCAACCGUAUCUUACGGCAGGAAAGAGCUUCUAGAUAUCAGGAAAGCGAUCACUCACCUCGGAUUAGACAAAGAUUUUUUCAACAACAACAACAGCAGGAAGCAGUACUCACACGAUAUUCUACAAACACCCCACAGGGCAGACAUCCCAAUUAUUCGCAAAAGGAAGCGACGCUGAGGAAAAAGAGCCGGAUGCCUUGUCUGGACCCGCUGAAGGCAACUAGGAAAGCUGCCGUUACCGUCAAUAUUACUCGCCAAUGUGCAAUCAUUGGACAAUAAACUAGACGAGGUACGAUCAUGAAUAUCCUACCAACGGGACAUCAAAAACUGUAAUAUCCUAUGUUUCACGGAAUCGUGGCUGAAUGACGACAUGGAUAUUCAGCUAGCAGGAUACACGCUGCACCGGCAGGAUAGAACAGCACACUCUGUUGGAGUAAUGGCACGAGGAAGAGGAAGGACUCUGAAGAUUCUGUUUCUGUUGACACUCUGUUUUCAAGACUUCACUGGUCAAUGCCAAGGGCAGCCCUCUAACCUGAGGAUAGUUCUGCUGGGGAAGACUGGAGCAGGGAAGAGUGCAACAGGAAACACCAUCCUGGGGAGAAAGGUGUUUAUAGCGGAGGAUUCUCCAGUGUCUGUGACUGCACAGAGUGAGAAACAGAGUGGAGUGGUGGAUGGGAGGAAGAUUGAUGUCAUCGACACCCCAGGGCUCUAUGACACAACAAUGUCUAAAGAAGAGAUGAAAAGUGAAAUAGAAAAGGCCAUCUAUAUGUCAGUCCCAGGACCCCACGCCUUCCUGCUGGUGAUCAGACUGGGGAGGUUCACAGAGGAAGAGAGGAACACUGUGAAGUGGAUCCAGGAGAGCUUUGGAGAAGAAGCCUCAAUGUACACCAUAGUGCUGUUCACACAUGAAGAUCUACUGAAGGGAAAAACAGUGGAGGAGUUUCUGGCUAAGAGCAAAGAUCUACAGAAACUCAUCAAUAUCUGUGGGGGCAGAUAUCACUCCCUAAACAAUGACAAGAGAAAAGACACUCAGGUCCCAGAGCUACUGAAGAAGAUAGAGGAGAUGGUGUCGAGGAAUGGAGGAAAACACUACACCAAUGAGAUGUACCAGGAGGCCCAGAUGAAGAUCAACGAGGAAAAGGAGAGGAAGAAACAGGAAGAGGAGAAGAGAGAGAGAGAGAGGAGACAGGAAGAGGAAGAAAUAAGAAAAAGAGAAGAAAAAUUGAACGGCUGCAAGUGGUCAGCACUUGCCAGUUCGGCUGCAUUGGGGUUGGGAGCCAUGUUCGGCUCUCCAUGGUCGUUAGCAGCAGGGGCUGCAUUAGCCGCUGUUAAAGGUUAUGAUUGCAUGGACACCUAUUACAAAUCAGGUAGUUCCAACUCAGAAGACCAGAAGAAGUAAGAUUUCCACAUCCAUGUUAUAUAAUAUGAAUAUAAUUUGAUCUCUGAGAAAUUAAGCAAAUUUAUUGUGCCCAAAUUUGACAUUUUAAUUGAUAGGAUUCAUAUACUAUUCAAUACAUAUAGUACCCAACAUCUGAUAUGUAUAAAAAUUUUCCCCAACAAUGAUUAAGAACAAAGAAUGGUCAAAAGCCUCAGAUCAGAUGUUGGGUAUUAUUUCACACUAAUGCCUUGUUAUCUGGAGGGCGGCCAUUUGCUUCUCCCCAAUGGUCCAAAUGUGGAAUCCGUAACCAUGCUGAUAUCAUGGACAGUAAUGGUAUGAGAACAUUCCAAGGUUUGGGAGAUACAUACCAAUUACCAGAUACCUACACAUUACCAGAUACAUACACAUUACCAGUUACAUACACAUUACCAGAUACAUACACGUUACAAGAUACAUACACAUUACCAGAUACAUACACAUUACCAGAUACAUACACAUUACCAGUUACAUACACAUUACCAGAUACAUACACGUUACAAGAUACAUACACAUUACCAGAUACAUACACAUUACCAGAUACAUACACAUUACCAGGCAACUCUUUUGUUCAUAUUUACAACUCAUGUUAGCUUUGUUAGCCUACGGAGUCCCUUGGGAAACCCAGCUACCAAACCAUCCAAUGAUGGGAUUUAUUAAUAAAUGAUCUGGGCUCCUGAAA